AUGGCAUCAUCAUCAGAGCAGAAACCCUCAGCGAGCCGAAGUAUACCAGGACUUUCAGUCUUUGAAUGGGAACCCGUCAAUGGCCACGCAAGAAAGACACCAACGCGGCGGCCCCAGACGGCCUGUCAACAGUGCCGCCAGGCCAAAGCCAAAUGCAAUGGUAUUAAACCUUGCUGUGCGCGAUGCAAGGGACGCGACAUUCAAUGUAUAUACACGCCUAUCCAACAGGCCGACUCAGGGACCACGGAAGCGCAUCAUCCACGAGGAGGCCCGGCCCAUGCGAGUUCAGUUAGCAACAUCAAUGGCGACAACGAUUCAAGCAGGAGCCAUCAAGACUUUGUAUCCCCAAGUCAUGAAUUUGGUUUUUGUGAUGCCUUACAAGACACGACAGACUGGUCAGAAGAUGCUUUCGUCCGUGCUCUAGAGCAAUUCGAUUGGACUUUCACGGAUGAGCCCAGUAUUGAUCCCAAUAAGAUUGUUCAUAACGUGGACGGCACGAUACACUUGGGAGUAUCUCCGAGCGCAAUCUUGGGGCAAGGCGAAGAGGUUGACGAGGGCGGAAGCGAAUGUACUUGUCGACUGGGAUUCAUGUCCCAGAUUCCGGCGCUUGAGGCAGCCAUGAGAGAGAAGCCCAACCCGCGGCUGGGCAGAAUGUUUAGGGUGACAGACGACAUCAUCAAUCAGUGCAGCGCUGCCGCCAAUUGCCUCGACUGCCACCUCGGCACGGUUGAUGUGGUGUGCAUUCUGACCGCGUUCCAGCAGACAGCCUUUUGUUUCAACCUAAUUGCAAAGUCGGGGGUCAAUAUCAGCAACCAUCAAGUAUACGCUGCAAAGGAUGGCGAGCAGCAGUUGGAUGCCGUGCUUGUCAUGAAUUUGGUGACCAGAGCCAGUUCCUUGCUGGAUGUUUUAGAUGGACAUGCCAGGUCUCUACAGUUAGCCAAGGACACCAUGAGUCGGCGGCUCACGGGGCGGUCACCUGCUUGUCUGAAUCAGCUCAAUCUCAGCUAUUGCCAGGAAGUCAUUAUAGGAUUCCGGAAAUUGUUCCAGAUCAUCAUCAGCGUCUUUGAAGGGAAGCAAACAGCUUUGGAAAAGCUCCCCUCCUCCUGA